AUGCCAAGCACGCAACGUAAUGUGUUUCGGGUCUGGGCACAUGUCUCUCUGCUCCUGCAGCGAUCGAAAUGCCUAGCUCAACUCUCCCUGACCUUGUGUACCUAUGGGGCGGCAUUUGCGGGCGGGUUGCAGCGGCCGUUUGGUUUGAUGGACGCAGCAGCUUCUCCCUGUUCAUCCGGCGAUGCGUUAUGGUUACUGCUUAGAAGCCAUCGCUUGUGCCUCCUUACCGGCGAGCCACGUCUCCGGUGGCAACCCCGACCCCCCUCUUCCCUCCUUCCCCAAGCCGAUCCCGAGCGGGCGUGGGGGGCGUCGUUGGCCGCCCUCAUCCUGCGGCAGACGCCGUUUCGUUCGGUGGCAAUUGUCCAGGGCCUUGUCCCAAGGGGUUACCUCGCCAAGAUGUUCCGAGGCCAAUUGACCCAUAACCCCACCAAGGAAGCUGCGCGGAUCCGAGCCUGCCUGGCCGGCCAUGCACAAGAAGAAUAG